AAGAUAGGUGACUCUGCUGUGAACUCGUCGCAGAACUUCCUCCCUCUUUCUACCUUCAAAGUUCGCGUGCAGUUUCAUUCGCUGCUUUCCCUCUCCAUACCGUUUCAGAGAGUACCGCCGCACAAAAUGCCCAAACCAAAACACCUCUCCACUAUCCUAACCCUUCUCACCCUCACCGACCCCAUCUCCACCGCCUCAACAUGCUACAAACUCAACGGCGACGCCGCCUACAAAGACUUCACCCCCUGCAACCAAUUCAGCGGCGCAACCUCCUACUGCUGCGGCGCCAACCGUCAAAACACCAACGCCACCUACACAAACGACAUCUGCCUGACCAAUGGCUUGUGUCUCGCGAUCGCAGAAAUCGACGGAAUAGAAGAGUAUAAUUACUUUCGGGAGAGUUGUUCGAGUGCGAGUUGGCCGACGAGCGAGUGUUUGAGGAGCGUGUGUACGAUGCCGGAUCAGAAUGAUGUCAAUGGAAAUGCUAUUAUGACGCCUUGUGAAGAUUCAAAAUAUUCGAAUACGUGGUGUUGUGGGAAAAACAAUACUGAUUGUUGUGGUACUGAUGCUGCGAUUACGUUGGCGGUAACGCUGGGUGCGACUGCUAGUUUGACGACUUCGGUUUCUUCUGCUUCGAGCACGGCAAGUGCAAGUACGACUAGCAGUAGUGCGGCUACCUCUCCAAGCUUGGUCUCGACGUCCUCCUCUACACCUCCACCAUCAUCCUCAAAUACCAAUUCCGGCCUUUCCACUAGAGCACAAGCAGGCAUAGGAGUUGGUGUCGCCAUCGGCGUCUUCGCUCUCCUCAGCAUCGCAUUCUGGUUCCUCCGAAGACGCAGAGCCGCUCACUCAGCACCACACGAGAAUACCAAUCUGAUGCCUGUCAACUCGCCAAGCCCGAACUACGGCAACGAUACAAAGGAAAUAUACACAAGACCGCAAGAAUUGGACUCGAGAGUGGUGGGUCAUGAGUUGGAUCCUGCAGCUAGGCUGGGCGAGGUGGAAGGCGAUACCGCGUUCAAGGGAACUUGA